AACAUAAGACAGCUCUAAUUGCUAGUAAAUGUGAUGAUUAGACAGCUGAGAUAGCUAGUAAUGGCGAGCAGCACAACCAGAGGAGGAGAAGACGAAGCGAAACAAAUGGCAGCUGAGCUAAGCAAAACCCUAAAAGAAGGCGAAAGACUUCUCGCACCAACGCGACGCCCCGACGGAACCCUCCGUAAACCUAUUCGUAUCAGGGCUGGUUAUGUGCCUCAAGAUGAAGUCGCCAUUUACCAAUCUAAAGGCGCUCUUUGGAAGAAGGAAAUGGAGUCACUGCAGGAUGUUCCGCCGGGGUAUGAUCCGGUGAUGGAAGCUAAACCUAAGUCUAAAGCUGCCAAGCGGAAUGAAAGGAAGAAGGAAAAGCGUCAACAGGCUGCAGUUGAAAAGGGUAAGAAUCCAGAGAGUGGUGAAAUCUCAUCUGCUGAAAAUUCAGUUGGCGUUCCAGAGCAGGUUGAGUCAGUUAUGUCCCAGAUAAACAACCUUGCGAUAUCUGCAAAUCCUGUUGUCCCCCCUUCAAAUUCAAUCGAAUCUUCUGCCGUGGGAGAUAGUGUGCAGGACAUUGACAAAAAGAUCCGAGCUCUGAAGAAAAAGAUUCGGCUGACAGAAGCUCAACAGCAGAAGACUGAGGAGAAGGAUAUGAAGCCAGAACAGCUGGAAAAAGUGGCUAAGUUGGAAAGCUGGCGAAAAGAGUUAAAGGUUUUGGAGGAUAAAAAGGAUGAACUGGAAGCAUGACAUCAUGAAUUUAAUUUUAGGCUGAAGAAACUCGUAGUUUAAGUUACGGUAGCCUGCUGGAAUUUUACCACUGCAUCAAUACACUCAACGCCAAAGAUCUUGUUUAAGGGAAAUGUGUGUUUAUUUUGUAAUUUGUGCACUAGUUAGGGGCAAAACAACAUAGGAUCUAAUUUGUGUUAAUUUUCAGGUAGUACUCCAUUUUUUGAGGACAUGGCUGCUGCUUGUUCUGAUGUGGUCCUUGAUUUCCAAAGACGUCAAAACUCUGAAGCGCUUCAAUCAUCUUUACAUAUUAAACCUCUAGAUUGAGUGUUCCAUCAACGUCAUAACUUAUUUUGCGAAUGAACUUCACAAAUUAAUGCCUUUGGCUAAAUUGAUCUGUUUCCGAAAGAUCCUGAUUCUGUCCCAAAAAUAUGUGAUACACUUUUCUUUUUGGUUUGGCAAAAGGGAAUGAUGCAUUUUUCUUUU